AUGGAAGUUAUUAAAUCAGUGGCAUCUCUCAGUUCCCAAGCAGCAGCAAUACUUGUGCUGCUGACUGUAGCAGCAGUGCAGACCCAGACGGCUAAGGCACAAAGCUGCACUCCUGAGCUCACCAACUUGAAUGUGUGCGCACCAUUUGUGGUCCCUGGUGCCACUCAGACCAACCCUAGCCCUGACUGCUGUGCUGCACUCCAAUCAGUGCAACAUGACUGCCUCUGCAGCACUCUUAGUAUUGCCUCUCGACUCCCUUCUCAGUGCAAUCUGCCUCCUCUGACUUCUGAUAUGCAGAUUAGCGCAUGA